AUGUCAGACACAUCGGCCGAGUCCAAACCACUCAUCCUCCUUGGGGAUGGCAGCUGGUGUGGCCGCGAGGCGGACACUAAGUCGAACAUCUACCUACUGGCCAAGAUGAUUGGAAUUGAUAUGCAAAACAACACAGACACAGACGUGCACGUAAUGGACGACAAGGCCUGGUAUAUCCAUGGUGUUGGUCUUGGCAGUACAUUCCUUGAUUAUGUUUUUAAUGGAAUAACAGCGCAAGACAUUGCCGUGCAAUGCAUAGCAGCCUAUAAAUUUAUUGUUUAUCAUUACAGCUAUCCUGAUCACCAGAUCUGGAUGUUUGGCCUUUCCAGGGGCGCUUUUAUGGUAAGGUCGGUUGCCGGUAUGAUCAACAAUUGCGGAAUUGUCAAGCGUAUAAUGAACUCUGACGGCACCGUCAACGACGUCGAGACCGAUCUGCUGUGCCACCUAGUCUACAGAAUUUACCGCUCUGACGAUCCCAUCAACCGGCCGCGUUCACCCCAAUCCAUACAGUUCCGUCGAAGGGCCAGCUGGCCACUGAUAGGCGACGAAGAACCCGAAGCCCCGAAGCUGCUACCCCCCGUGAAAUUCUUGGGCCUUUUUGACACUGUAGGCAGCCUUGGGAUUCCGGACUUCGUUGGUGGCGUGGGGCUGGACUGGCCUCAAUUUCAUGAUCAGAAGGUCUCAAGUGUAGUCGAGCUCGUGUACCACGCAGUGUCGUUGCACGAUGAUCUGUACGUCUUCCCUCCCUGUCUCGCCGAGCGGAACCCAUACCCCGGGAAGCCGAAAGACUUUGGCAUCACCCAGUGUUGGUUCCCUGGCGUACACUAUGACCUGGGGCGUCAGCGCUUCCGGUUCUUACGGAUGUUCGGUGGUGGGCGGUUAGAACGUCUCUUAGCGAGGUGGAACUGGGCGAGCAAGGUGAUUCAGCCAAACGAGGUAGUCUCGGACCUCGUGCUGAAGUGGAUCCUUGAGGCUGUCAAGGCAAACGACCCAGGCGGGCAAGUCAUCUCGACUCCAAAAGUUGACGAGGAGAUCAACGCUGCGAAUCAGAGAAUGGUCUCCCAAAACCGGCAGCUUGGCGAUGGAGAUGUAUACCGCAAUAUCGCCGCAUAUGCCCCGUUUGGCACCGCGAUUGUGGGGUUGCUAACGACGUUGUAUGGGACAAGAUGGCAGACGAAUCAGAUCUACCAGCUUUUCUUUGCGCUGCGGGAUCGUCUUGUGGCUGACCUAGAUUCGCGGGUCUAUAACUACAUGGCGGUCGAUGGAUCCAUCCCGAACUCCCAAGAGCAGACCAUUCAUGAGUUGGCAGGAAUAAACAGGUUAAGAUAUCCGUCGCAAACCUACGAAGCUUGGAGAUUAUCCCGCGAAGAUACUCUUGAAGCAUUUCAGAGCUUUCCAUAG